AUGGCUGCCGCCUUUGACGACGAGGACCUCUCGGUCGACCUCCCUUCCUUCGAGCGCGACCGUCCUCGUGAACGGUCCGACGAGUCCAACAAUCCUCCUCCCAAUCCCAGCCAGUCCGCCAGGACGAUGCCCCCGCCGCGGCCGAUCGGAAAAGGUGGUGACCCUUCGAGGCAGUCCCCCACUACAAUGAGAGAUAUGCAGCGCCUGGAUCAGUAUCAUACGGUGAAGGUUCUAGGCGAGGGUUCCUUUGGAAAGGUCAAGCUGGCUAUUCACCAACCCAGUGGUCGCCAGGUUGCCUUGAAGGUCAUCUCUCGACGAAAGUUGCUAUCUCGGGACAUGAUUGGUCGAGUCGAGCGUGAGAUUCAGUAUCUCCAGCUAUUGCGACACCCUCAUAUUAUUAAACUGUACACUGUCAUUUCGACCAAAGCGGAUAUUGUUAUGGUACUUGAAUAUGCAGAACGAGAACUUUUCGACUAUCUGGUGAAGCGAGGACGAUGCAAUGAUGCGGAGGCGCGUAAAUUUUUCCAGCAGAUCAUUUGCGCCGUGGAGUACUGCCACCGCCAUAAGAUUGUUCAUCGUGAUCUGAAGCCGGAAAACCUCCUCAUCGAUCGAGAAAAGAACGUUAAGAUCGCGGAUUUCGGUCUGAGCAAUAUCAUGACGGACGGCAACUUUCUCAAGACCAGCUGUGGGAGCCCCAAUUAUGCGGCCCCAGAGGUCAUAUCUGGCAAGCUUUACGCCGGCCCAGAGGUCGACGUCUGGAGUUGCGGAGUCAUUCUCUACGUGCUGUUGGUGGGACGCCUCCCAUUUGAUGACGAUUACAUACCGGCGCUUUUCAAGAAAAUUGCCGCGGGCAACUUCCACAUGCCUACGUACAUAUCCUCCGGAGCUGCUCGGUUAAUUCGGUCAAUGCUCCAGGUGCAUCCGGUACACCGGAUCACUAUCGAGGCUAUCCGCGAGGAUCCCUGGUUCAUGCAAGAUCUCCCUAGUUACUUACAGCCACCUCCGGAGGAGUUUGUUGCAACUGACAAAGCAAUUGACCCGCGCAAAAUCGCUGCUGGUAAGCCCCAGGCGAUUCAGAAGAAGAUCAGUCAGGUAGCCAUUUCCAAGCUUGAGAGAAGCAUGGGCUAUGGACGUGAGGAUAUUGAAGAUGCGCUCAAACAUCCCGAGCCUAGCGCCAUUAAAGAUGCCUUCUUCAUUAUUGUCGAGAAUGAGAUGAUGCAGACAAACUCGCCUACGGAGGAUAACAUGAUGAACCCUUCAGCUGUGCCCCCGCCCCCGUCAAUAAACCGUACUAGAUCUGGUCGAACAACCACACCCCAGGGAACACAAGCUCUCCCAACGCGAACCCGAUCCGGCUCCUACCGACAGUCUCCCGCACCCGCGCCUGCAGAAUCCGAUGAUGGAGAGGAACCGAGAGUCAGCCAUGUCCGGAUCCUGCCUACUAGCUUACCAUAUGUCCACGAGCAGCUCAUGGAACAGCGAGAGCGAGAGCGCCAACGGGCACGGGAGGAUUUAGAAGAACAACAAGCCCAAGCUGCGUUGGACGAGGAAGACCCCGGGCGAGCUGCUCGCUCGCCAGAAGAGCAGGAGGCAACAGCUAGAGCAUUGAAACCUCAUUCGCGAAGCAUAAUUGACCUCGAAAAGCUACGAUUCGAGCCACCGGAAAACCGCGGUGCGCCGCAUCAGCCCAAGCGUUCACGAAGAUGGCAAUUCGGCAUCCGCUCCCGCAACCAACCCUAUGAAGCGAUUCUUUACUUGUAUAGAGCGAUAGCGGCACAGGGAGGAAUAUGGGAGGUUCAACCCGCCGAAUCAGGAACUUCCACGGCCGACUCUGGAUCUGCGGACCGUCCACUACAAACCAAGUAUCCAGAUUUGCCAUCUACUCACUACAUUCCCAAAGACCUAUGGUUCAUUCGCGCACGUCUUCUGAAACAAGGCGUACGAGCACCUGGGUCGUCAUCAAGCAUACAUAGCAGUCGGAGUGACCUAGAAGAACUUCGACGCCGGUUUAAUCUUUCCAGUACUACUGGAUCUGCGGAGGACAAGUCAGGUAACCUUGGCGAGGUAACCACUACAUCUGGCGCCUCAUCUGCCACGCGGGAGUACUCUAUCUCACGUAUCUCCUACGGAGUCUGGGUAUUCAUCGACAUCCAGCUCUACCAGCUGGAGGAGAACAACUACAUGGUCGACUUCAAGUGUGACGGCUAUCAAAAUGUGAUCCGAGCGGAGGGUGACGGCGAAUGGCGUCCGAUCAGCAAACGAUUCCGGAACAAGGAGAAGGAAGUGUCGAGCCCCUAUCCAUUCUUGGACGUGGCAUCAGAUCUCGUCGCCCAGCUGGCCGUGGCUAGCUAG